UUUUGCAUUGUCAUACUACGUUUGCUACCUUCACACGUGGCCAGGCAGCUCCCGCCGGCGUCCACGGUAACAACCGGCUCUACAUUAUGCACAGCUGCGUCUUCCUGCUCUAGCACACCGACCUGUCACGCGCACGUUAUGCAUGAGGCGUGAGAGUGCUCGUUACCGACGAAGAUCAAAGUCCCCGCUCUUCUUUAUCGGAAUGUUUGAAGACUAAAGAGGUUCUGUAGACCGCAGCAGUAGCUGGGAGCUCUGGGGGACAAGACACCGGCCCAACACAGCAGACGGACAGCGUGCCGCGGCGGGACAGGAGGAGGGAACAAGGACGCGUCGCGGGUCUACGGCUGAGCUGAAGCGCUAUCGUCAUGACGGAGAAGCGGAUGUCGCGGUGGUAUUUCGGGGGGCUGGCUUCCUGUGGAGCCGCCUGCUGUACGCAUCCUCUGGAUCUCAUCAAGGUGCACCUGCAGACACAGCAGGAGGUGAGGAUGAGGAUGGUGGGGAUGGCCGUUCACGUGGUGAGGAACGACGGCGUACUGGCUCUUUACAAUGGCCUCUCCGCUUCUCUGUGUCGACAGAUGUCCUACUCCCUCACCAGAUUUGCCAUCUAUGAGACGGUGAGGGACAUGAUGGGUAGUACGAACACCGGCCCCAUGCCAUUCUACCAGAAGGUCCUGCUGGGAGCCUUCGGAGGAUUCACCGGAGGGUUGGUCGGAACGCCGGCUGACCUGGUGAAUGUCAGAAUGCAGAAUGACAUGAAGCUGUCACCAGAACAGAGAAGAAAUUAUAAACAUGCCAUUGAUGGGCUCUACAGAGUCUUUAGAGAAGAAGGUGUAAGAAAACUUUUCUCAGGCGCUUCUAUGGCCUCCAGCAGAGGAGCGCUGGUCACUGUGGGACAGCUGGCGUGUUACGACCAGGCCAAGCAGCUCGUCUUAGGGACGGGUAUAAUGGGAGACAACAUGCUCACACACUUUGUUUCUAGCUUCAUAGCUGGAGGCUGUGCCACGUUCCUGUGUCAGCCUCUGGAUGUACUAAAGACCAGGCUGAUGAACUCUAAGGGAGAGUACUCUGGGGUGAUGCAUUGCUUACGGGACACUGCUAAGUUGGGUCCACUGGCGUUUUACAAGGGUCUCAUUCCAGCAGGGAUCCGCCUGAUUCCUCACACGGUGCUCACCUUUAUUUUCCUCGAGCAGCUCAAGAAGUACUUUGGCAUUCGCAUCAUCUCCUGAGCCGCUCGCCGACUCUGUCGCCGCCGGCCUCGCUGCUCCUUCGUUAUCCCGGUCCUCUUCCUUUACAAGGAAAGAAGGAAGAAAGAACACGGAACAGUUUAUCAACGCCUGUUUUGAGCUUCUCCUUUGUCUCUACCUCCAUCUCAGAAGCUGAAGCUACAUGAUUGAUGAGCUCUAAAUCCUUUUUUCCUCUCUUCAUGUUAUAAUUAAAAUGACUAAAUCAAAAACACUGUAAUUAUUAGGCUAUUAAGAAGAUUUUAAAGUAACUGUAGCUGUUUUGAUGAAGUUAAAUUUUUACUAAAUCGAAGUCAGAAGUAUAUUUUCCUCUAGUCAUUGUUAGCUGAGGUCUGUAAUUACUGAAGGUGUCUCAGCAGUCGGUGUCCAUCUGACCAAACUCAUAAGAAUUCCACACUAAGCCACAACUUAAACAAGACUUAACUAGAGUAAUUCUUCACACUAAUGCCGACCAAAUCUGUUCAACUAGACUUAAUGUCUGUUUUUCUUCACUCUUUUCAUAUUUUGAAGCUGACUCGGCCGCUGUUUAGUGAUGUCUAUUUAUCGUUUCAUUCCACCAUCUCUGUUUCACGUCACACCUGGAAGGGAAGUGGGGGGGCCAAGCUUAUGUGUGUCGUGUCUUCUACGGUUAUUUUGUUUUUUUAUCGGGUUAGUAGGGAAACUGUGAAAGAAACUAAACCAUGUUUGGUGUUCUAUCCUCUUCAGAGAUGUCAUGCAGAGAGCUGCUGUAGAAGACCAGAGCUGCUUUCAGCCCAUAAUGUGAGGGCUUGGACUAGUUGAACGCAUGUCUAGACAACUUUACAAGACACUUUAUUUAAAAUGCAGACUCCUGAUCUGCUGCAUGUUCUGAAUUCAGAGGAUUUAAUUUUACAAUGUGAAUAAUUAUUUGUUCUCCUGCUCCUAUUAGUUAUUUUUUGUUUGGGUUUGAUUUUCUGUAAGGAAGACGGUUCUCUGCUGUGCCUGCUCUGUAAACUCAUGUUGCCUUACAGUUUCUGCCCUGCAGGGGGCAGUGUUGUCACAUCUCAAAUUUCCUGUUUGAGAAUCUGUAUGGAUUUUUUUUAAACAGACAUCUCUUAAUGAUUUUUUUUUUACACUCAUAGGUGCAGUUCUGGUCAGUAUAUUAAAAUUUUGUACAUCUUUAGUAAUUUUGGAAUUAAAGAACUAAUGAAAGAA